AUGGAAGACGGUCCGCUGCCAGACCUCAGAGACAUCGAGCUGAAGCUGGGGCGCAAAGUACCCGAGAGCCUAGUGCGCUCGCUCCGUGGGGAGGAGCCGGUUCCUCGGGAAAGAGACAGGGACCCCUGCGGGGGGAGCUGCGGCGGCGGCGGCGGCGGCUGCAGUAGUAGCAGCAGCAGCUGCAGCUUCCCUCCUUCCUUAUCGUCCUCCUCUUCGUCCUCCCCAACCUCUGGCUCCCCACGACGUAGCCACUCCAGCGCCCUGGAGAGGCUGGAAACCAAGCUUCACCUUCUCAGGCAGGAGAUGGUUAACCUCAGGGCCACAGAUGUCAGGCUCAUGCGCCAAUUGCUUGUUAUCAAUGAGAGCAUCGAGUCCAUCAAGUGGAUGAUUGAAGAGAAAGCCACCAUUACCAGCCGAGGCAGCAGUCUUAGUGGCAGCCUGUGCAGUUUGUUGGAGAGUCAGAGCACCUCCUUACAUGGCAGCUACAACAGCCUACACGAUGGCAGUGACGGGCUGGAUGGCAUCUCCGUGGGAAGCUAUCUGGACACUCUGGCAGAUGAUGUCCCAGGCCAUCAGACCCCUUCAGACUUGGACCAAUUCAGCGACAGCUCCAUAAUAGAGGACUCACAGGCACUACAUAAACAUACCAAAUUGGAUUCUGAGUACUACUGCUUUGGCUAAUGACCCAGUUUUUUGCAUGGGACUGGUGUGCAAUUAACUUGUAUUUAUCCUUCUCUGCU